CCCCAUCCCCAGGAAGGCGAAAUGCUGGAGUUAACAGCCUCUCGCCUACGGUCGGCCCUCAGCGAGGCAGAGUGGGAGAACCCGCCACAAGGAGCGCAAGGGAGAGAGAAGGCCCAAACGUGGCAGGCAAUUAGCCAUCUACUUCCGGAAUUUAAAAAUCGGCUUCCGGAAGCCGAGAAGGUGUCCCCAUGACAACCGACGUUGGUUCCUUGAGUUGAGUGUAGAUGAUGAGCUCAACGUUGAACGGCCAGAAGUCAGAAUUUUAUGUUGCUCUUGCUGUGAACUUUUUGCCGAGACAUUCCGGUCUGUGAGAGAAUUGGGAAGGGUCCUUGCGUUAGAGUCGGGGCAACAGCUCUGAUUUGGAAAAACUAGACAUCUCUCCCCAAGUACUGGGCAGAGAACCAGAAGUUGUUUUCUACAGAACUGUGGAAUGUGCCCUCGGGAGUCCCCAAAAGCAGACAGAAGAUGCUCCAGACCAGUAGCUACAGCCUGGUGCUCUCCCUACAGUUCCUGCUGCUGUCCUAUGACCUGUUCGUCAAUUCCUUCUCGGAGCUACUCCGAAUGGCUCCUGUCAUCCAGCUGGUGCUCUUCAUCAUCCAGGAUAUUGCAGUCCUCUUCAACAUCAUCAUACUUUUCCUCAUGUUCUUCAACACCUUCGUCUUCCAGGCUGGCCUGGUCAACCUCCUAUUCCAUAAGUUCAAAGGGACCAUCAUCCUGACAUCUGUAUACCUCGCCCUUAGCAUCUCCCUUCAUGUCUGGAUCAUGAACUUGCGAUGGAAAAACUCCAGCAGCUUCAUUUGGACAGAUGGACUUCCAACUCUGUUUGUAUUCCAGAGACUAGCCGCAGUGCUGUACUGCUAUUUCUACAAACGAACGGCUGUGAGACUGGGCGACCCCCGCUUUUACCAAGACUCACUAUGGCUGCGCAAGGAGUUCAUGCAAGUUCGAAGGUGACCAUGUCAUGUCACAUUGAUGAAUGCCUUUCCUUCCUGGCAGAAGCUGCCAGGGCUGCUCUGCACGGAGGAGCAGCCCUUGGCCCCAGGAAACAGGAGGACUUCCUAGGACAUGCUUAGGCCAGCUCUGUGCUCGGGAUUCAAGAAGGAAGACACACUAGGCAUGGUUGGAAACAGAGGCAGGAGAAUUAGU